AUGAAUUUGUUUAAGGUGGUUGAAGUAAAAAGUAUCUCUUGGAAGGAAGCUAGGGAACUGUUCUAUGAACAAGUGAGUAGAGACAUUCCACUGUCAGAUGUCAAGUCCUUUGCUGAAACUAUAGUUAAGGGCUGUGGUGGUUUGCCACUGCUGAUUAUUGUUACUGGAAGAGCCUUAGGAGAGAAAAAUGAUGUUUCCAUAUGGAAGGAUGCUUCAAAAAAAUUCUCACUGCAUAAAACUUCUAGAAAAUGUCAAAUUGAAGAUAGUUGUUUCCUCCACUGUGCUCUAUUUUCAGAAGCUCAGGAGGUCAGUAUAAAUAAAUUCAUAGAAUAUUGUAUACAAGAAGGUUUAAUCACUGGUGCUCAAGCUGAUGCACAUAGAAGGGGUCGUUAUAUAGUUGAUAUUCUUAUACAUGCUUCAUUUUUACAAGUUACUGAAGGUGGAAGUUCCAUCAAAAUGCAUGAUUUAAUCAGAGAUUUAGCAUUAGGAAUCAUAUCUUCAAUGCCAAAAGAUAUUCAGUUUCCGUUGGGAGCAGAAGGAAUUCAGUUUCUGUUGAGUGCUUAUUCAAGAUCAAUCGAACUACCUAAUGCGGGAGGUAGUUCAUCAUCAAGAUCAUUGAACAUCCUUGAAAGCAGUAGAUUGUGUAUACCAGAAGGUAAUCAAUUUCUGUUGAGAGUUGGAGCAGGUCUAACAGAACCUCCUUUGACGGAAGAGUGGAAACAGGCCAAAAUGAUGUUUUUGAGUGAUAAUGAGUUAUCCAUGUUACCUGAGAAACCAAAUUGCCCUGAACUUUUGGCAUUGUUCUUACAAAGAAACCGGUUGCUGAGAGUGAUACCUCCAUCCUUUUUUGACUGCAUGACCUCUCUCAAAGUGUUGAAUCUAUCUGAGACUAGAAUAAGGUCCUUGCCAGAGAGACUGUUUAAGCUUAAAAACCUCCUAAUUCUCAUUGUAUGUGAUUGUAAACGUCUGUUUAUGCUUCCCUCUGAUGUUGGAUCUCUUCUUUGUCUUGAGGUGCUUGAUCUCCGAGGCACUAAAAUUAAAGUUUUGCCUGAUAAGAUUGGUGAAUUGACAUCCCUGAAACGUUUGGCAGUGUCCUUCUAUGGAUCUAUCGAUGACAGUGAAUAUGUUAAAUUGCCAUGUCAUUUGAUUUUGAGUGGCAUUAUAUCAAAGUUGCGUAAUUUGGACACCUUGAGUAUUGUUCUUUAUCCAGGGGAUGAAAGGUGGCAUGAGGAUGUCAAGUAUGUCAAAACUGAAGUCAGCAAGUUGAAAAAUUUGAAGUUUCUCUGUUUUCAUUUCCCAGAAGUUGAGCAUGUCCAAGAAUUCCUCACAGAAAGCGAACCAUGGAAGAAGAGACUCUUAACGGAGUUCAAGUUUGUGGUUGGCCGCAAUGUCAAGAGUAUUUCUUCUCAGGUCCCAGAGUAUUUGGAAUAUGAUUAUAAUCAGCAGGGUCAAUGCUUGAGAUUUGUAAAUGGUGAAAAGAAACCUGAUGAAGUUCUUCAAAUAUUAGCUCGCAGCACUGCUUUCUAUUUGGAUAAUCAUCUUGACAUUGAGAGCCUUUCCAACUUUGGUGUUGGCAAUAUCAAUGGGUUGAAGUUUUGUAUAAUAAGUGAUUGCCCCAAGGUUAAAAUGGUUGUGCAUGUGGAUGAAGUGAAAAAAGAUACUAAUACUGUUUUUCCUUUCCUAGAGACCUUAAGUAUCCAUCAUUUGUGGAAUUUAACAGCUAUUUGGGAGGGGAUUCUACCAGAACGAAGUUUUGCUCAGUUAAGAAUUUUGUCACUGCAUGGAUGUCCAAAGAUGGAGUAUGUUUUUAGAAGUUCAAUGAUUCAGUAUCUCUGUAAAUUAGAGGAACUGAUUAUCGAAGAUUGUCAAGCCAUCGAACAAAUCAUAUUCAAUGAUGAGAUAGCAGAUUCAUGUUCUGUUUCACUUCCCAGUUUGAAGAAGUUAACACUUCACUAUCUGCCUGGAUUGAUUACCAUUUCGAGUAGUCCCUGGCCGCAAUUAGAAUAUGUCAGCUUCUACUGUUGCCCAAACUUGAAGAAGAUUGAUGCUGAUCCCAGGUUCAAAGAUGUAAUAAUAAAGGCUGAGAAGAGUUGGUGGGAUGCGUUAGAGUGGGAAGAUGAUGAAUUGCGGUUGCACAUUGAAAACUACUCCACCAUUAUUUUUCAAGAUCAUCUGUAA